AUGAAACGAAGGUAAAACAGAAUUACGAUGUCUCUUAUUAAAAAUUAGUCUCUAAUAACAAUCAGUUUCCUGUAGUUCAGCAGAUCGUAGUCAGAAUCAAACAAUUGUAAUUACUCGCUUAUUAAAUAAUAAGCAAUUGCAGCUAUUAUUCAAUUAAUCUACAGCCGAAUUGUCGAACUCGGCGAAUCUACACGGCUCGUUGUGUGGAACUUGAUCGGUUUCUCGAGCUUAAGUGUUGUAUACAGUGUCUGAAGAUUCUGAAUGCAGUGUAAUCACGUAGUUUCGUUUGUCCACUGGCAAGAUUCACGCUUACGUUGCCCAUUGUUUCCACAGAUGACUGUCCGAACUGCGUGGACGAGCACAGCAGCAGCCUGGCCGCGUCAAGAUGGACGAUGCCGUUGUUGAAGCUUGGCGAGAAGAGAUACUACCUGGGGAUCUUCUUCAAGGCCAACUGGUACAGGGCGUCGCAGUAUUGCCGAUAUCACGGCAUGCAUCUGGCGAGUAUAGCGUCGCAGGAGGAAAACGACAGGCUCGAGAAACAUAUUAAGGACUUUGGCCUUGGACACGAACACUUUUGGACUUCCGGUACCGACCAGGCUGAGGAAGGCACUUUCUUCUGGAUGGCGAACGGUAGACCAAUUACAUUCGAAAAUUGGAAUGUCGGCGAGCCGAAUAAUUUCAGAUACGAGAACGGCGAGGAGGAACACUGCCUCGAGCUGUGGAACAGAGACGGCAAAGGAUUAAAGUGGAACGACAGCCCGUGCAGCUUCGAGACAUUCUUCGUCUGCGAGGUUCAGUGA